AGACCUUAUUCUUGCUCCGUCUGUGGCAAGAGUUACACCCAAAAUGAAUUUUUGAAAGUGCACCAGCGAACACACACGGGAGAGAGGCCCUACUCCUGUUCUGUGUGUGGCAGGGGCUUUGCUCAGAUAGGCAACCUGAAGAAACACCAACGGAUUCACACCGGGGAGAAGCCUUACCAGUGCCCGGAGUGUGGAGCCAGUUUCACCCAGAAGGACAGCCUGAAGAUGCAUCAGAGGUCUCACACGGGAGAGAAACCUUGCGUCUGCCCCGAGUGCGGGAAGGGUUUCCGCGACAACGGGCACCUGAAAGUCCACUUGAGAGUGCAUACAGGGGAGAAGCCGUACUCCUGCCCCGACUGUGGGAGACGGUUCAGCCAGGCAGACGUCCUGAAGAGACACCAGAUGGUGCACACAGGGGAGAAGCCGUACUCCUGCGCCCUGUGUGGGAGGAGGUUCGCCCAGCCUGCCACUCUGAAGUACCACCUCCGGACCCACGCAAGAGAGAACCAGACAGGGGGGCCUCAAUGCUGCCCAGUGUGUGGACAGGACCUCCCUACAGAGCAGGCUCUGAGAAAACACCUACAGGCACACAUGGGGGAGGACCUCGGUCACAACGGGGGACAGGAAGACGGGGGGAGGAAGUUGGUGGUCUGAUCAAUUCUGAUGGAGAGGACGUUGGCUGGGACCCUUCUCAUCUUAGGGAGAGUCCUGUCGGCGGCUCCGGUAGUGAAGAAAGUCCUCCUACAUCAGACAUCAACAAG